AUGGGUGGACAGCAUCAUUACCGAUCUGUGUCGACGAGUGAUGAGGCGGCUCCUCUAGCCCCCGAAAAAGAAGGAUACCUGAGACCAUCAGGCUGGGGAAAACAAUCCAUCCUUCUUUCCAUCGCGACUGGUACCCUGUUUGUCGCCGUCAUUGCCGCCGUGCUAUCCACAGUUGGCUCGGCGGUUGUCUCCUACAACGGCGCCAGCUCAUCUGCUGUCACAGUCACUGCGAGCGCGCCUGCUGUUGCAGCUCCCACCCCUACCGCGGUUCCUAAUGACGAUGAUUCUAAAUCCGCCGAUGUCGAUGCCGACAUUCUUACGCCUGCUGUGAUUCAAGACUGUGGCUACAGCCCCCAAGAGGCCCGAGAUCGGGGCUGUGUCUUCGAUGUCAUGAUGCAACUCUGGACCCCGAAAGACUGCUUCGAUUCGGUCCUCUCCGAGCGUUUCCUCGAGGUUGGCAACUGGACUUGGUACGCUGAUCCUGGUGCGGAGCACGUCUUCACUCUCGAAGAGAUGAGAAAGGGCGAGCACGAUGCUGUAUAUGUUGCGCAAGACUACCAUAUCACUCACUGCAUCUAUGCCUGGGAAAGAUUGGUUCGCGCCAUGAGAACCCAGGCACCACUCAUUACUGAGCUCAUCUCUUAUGACCAUGUCAUUCACUGCCGUCACAAGACCUUACAGAGAGCCGAUGGUGGCUCAUCGAUUCGAGGUGUGAGAGCACCAACCGGUUAUACACAAUGCGCAGGCUAUGACACCUGGAAGUUCAAUCUUCCUUCUAAUGAGCAUUCCUCAACCGAUUAA